GGGGGCGGAGCGGUGCCCUGCUCCUGAGCGCUUGCCGGGGCUCGGCGGGGCGGUUUCGCCGGAUUGAUGACUUUGGGGACUGCAGCUCUCAGACAUGGGAUGGAGGGCAUCUGAGCCUUCACCCUCUCUGGGUGGUUUAGUUGUAUUGCACCCUCCCCCCUUUUUGGGUCAACUUUGUAUUAAAAAGUAAACAAUUGCCGAACAAAAUUUUUAUUUCAAGUCCGCCUUUUGGAAAUACUUUUGUAUUUGCCUCGCUUUUUGGGAGUGCUCCUUGGGUUUUUGUUUUUGUUAUUUAAGGUAUCUGAAAACUAUGCUCCUGGAAGACUUAAAAGUACAUUUCAGCGACAGAACUAGGAUAUAUAAGGAGAAAUGGCUGUAGAGGAACUUCAAUCCAUAAUAAAAAGAUGUCAAAUACUAGAAGAGCAAGACUUUAAAGAAGAAGAUUUUGGCCUAUUUCAGAUAGCAGGCCAAAGAUGCCUAGAAGAAGGGCAUAUAACCCAGCUCUUAGAAAUUAUUCAAAAUGAAAAGAAUAAGGUCAUCUUUAAGACUAUGGGCUGGAAUCUUGUGGGACCUGUUGUUCGAUGCCUUUUAUGGAAUGAUAAAGAAGAUGAUAAAAGAAAAGAUUAUUAUCAGAUGCUUGAUUUAUUGGUAAAGUUAUGUAAUCCAAAGGAAUUAUUGUUGGGUUUGCUUGAAUUGAUCGAAGAACCCUCUGGAAAACAGAUAUCCCAAAUUAUUCUUCUUUUACUUCAGCCAUUGCAAACAGUGAUUCAGAAACUCCCUAACAACAAAGCAUAUUCCGUUGGAUUAGCAUUGUCUACCCUUUGGAGUCAACUAUCUCUUCUUCCGGUUCCAUACUCAAAAGAACAAAUACAGACAGAUGACUAUGGCCUCUGUCAAUGUUGCAAGGCCUUGAUAGGGUUUACUAAGCCAUUUGUGGAAGAAGUCAUUGAUGCCAAAGAGAACUCAGUGGAAAAUGAAAAGUUAAAGGAUGAAUUACUGAAAUUUUGUUUGAAAAGCUUGAAAUGCCCUUUGCUGACAGCACAAUUCCUCGAACAAUCUGAAGAAGGUGAAAAUGAUCCUUUAAAGUUUUUUGCAGCUGAAAUAAUAAUUCCUGCUAAUACAGACCCUUGGGGAGCAGUGUUGAUGGCUAAGGGGUUUUUAUCAGCAAUUGGACACCCUUUCCCCAAAAUGAUUUUUAAUCAUGGAAGGAAAAAGAAGACUUGGAAUUACCUUGAAUUUGAGGAAGAAGAAGAUAAACAGUUAGCAGACUCUAUGGCUUCACUGGCCUAUCUAGUAUUUGUACAGGGCAUCAGUAUUGAUCAGCUUCCAAUGGUCUUAAGUCCAUCGUACCUUUUGCAGUUUAAUAUGGGGCAUAUUGAAGUCUUUUUGCAAAGAACAGAAGAGUCUGUUUUCUCCAAAGGAUUGGAAUUGCUGGAGAAUGGCUUGUUAAGAAUAGAGGACAACAGUCUCCUUUAUCAGUACUUGGAAAUCAAGAGUUUUCUUACUGUACCUCAGGGUUUAGUCAAAGUAAUGACACUUUGCCCUAUUGAGACAUUGAGGAAAAAGGGUUUAGCUAUGCUUCAGCUAUAUAUUAACAAGUUGGAUUCACAAGGCAAAUAUACAUUAUUUAGGUGCUUAUUGAAUACCAGUAAUCAUUCGGGUGUAGAGGCCUUUAUUAUUCAGAAUAUCAAAAAUCAAAUUGACAUGUCAUUUAAGAAAACGCAAAACGAUAAAUGGUUUACAGGACCACAGCUGAUUUCUCUGCUGGAUUUGGUGCUCUCCCUCCCAGAGGGUGCUGAAACGGAUUUACUGCAAAACUCAGACAGGAUUAUGGCAUCAUUAAAUUUGUUGAGAUAUUUGAUUAUCAAAGAUAAUGAAAAUGACAAUCAAACUGGAGUUUGGACAGAACUUGGAAAGAUUGAGAAUAAUUUCUUAAAACCACUCCAUACAGGACUUAACAUGUCAAAAGCACAUUAUGAAGCAGAAAUUAAAAACAGUCAAGAAAAUAGCCAAGCGAUACAGAAGUCUAAGGAUCUCUGUUCUAUAACUGUAGGUGGAGAAAAGAUGCCAAAUAUGCCUCCGGAAAUGCAGCUGCAGGUCUUACAUUCAGCCCUUUUCACAUUUGAUUUGAUUGAAAGUGUACUGGCUCGAGUAGAAGAACUCAUUGAAAUAAAAACAAAGUCUACCUCUGAAGAAAACACUGGGAUAAAGUAAAAGUUCUACUUCCUAAAUAAAAACUAAGAAAAUACUCUGUUUUCUAUUAUUAUUUAUUUAAUACCUUUAUAAAAAUUUGUUUAUGUAAAAAUUGAACUGCUAGAAAUAUAAAUGUAGCCUUUUUCUUUUAUCAGUUUCUAUAAUGACAGUGUGGAUUCGUAGUUUUCUUUGGUUUUAAAAAGUUAUCUAAAAAAAAAAAGUUAUCUAAUGGUAUAAACAAUGCCCGUAUGUAUAUUCUAAACAAUAAUUUUGAAAAUCCAAUACAAGCUCAUAAUUUUGUAUUAAAAUUUCAUUAAAUGUUGUUGUCUUUA